AUGCAACAUUAUGUCAAGAUGUAGAUGAGUGUAAUUCAUACAUCCAUAAUUGCAAUGUUUUUGCUCAAUGCAGAAACACUGUUGCUUCCUAUAACUGGUCAUGUAGACCAGGCUUCCUGGGUGAUGGACGCUUGUGCCACGACGUUGAUGAGUGUGAGGAUGGGACUGACAAGUGUGAUGCAAACGCACAAUGCACUAACAGUCUGGGAUCUUACGAAAGCACCUGCAAUUCUGGAUUCUCAGGUAAUGGUCAAGUUUGUCAGGAUGUUGACGAAUGUCUGAACGGUUUUGGUGACUGUAGUUCCACAGUAACCUGCAACAACAAGGAAGGUUCAUAUACAUGUUUGUGCAAUGAAGAUUUUCAUGUAAAUGGCCGUUUAUGCUUUGACAAUGAUGAGUGUGGCGCUGGAACUCAUCUAUGCAGCGAUCAUGCCGAAUGCCUUAACAAUCAAGGGUCAUAAAGCCGUUUUUGAAUAUAGUUUUUAACGUACUCUUAUUAUCUUCUUUUAGAGGAACCCCGAGGUCGACUUUUUGGGUCCCCAGAGGAGGACCCCUUCCAUUUUUCUUUGACAUACUGUAG